ACAGUUUAGUUGAUCGAAUCAACCACGACUCAUUCAAACAAGCAAGUGAAGCGCAAACAUGGCCUCAUUCCUAAUCACCGGUGCUUCUCGCGGUAUUGGCCUUGAGCUGGUCAAGCAGUUGCUGGAGCUUCCCGUCUCGCAGGUUGGCACAGUUGUGGCCCUCACACGCAGCAGCGAAUGUCCCUCCUUAGCGAAGCUGCUCGGCGCCUACCCAGAUCGCACUAGCCAUGUUGUUGCUUCUGUGGGCGACACGGAAAGCAUCCAGAAGGCCGUCGUGGAGGUCACCGGAAAGCUUGGCGGCCGUGGUCUGGACGUUCUUGUGAACAACGCCGGCGUCCAAGCGUUCGCUCCCGGCGGUACUAGGACGGUCCCUCCCGAACAGCUCAGAGAUAUCUUCGAUACCAAUGUGUGUCGGAGUGCACCGAGUCACUUCCGCUUUCCUACCCUUGUUGGAGGCUGGCAAGUCGAAGAAAGUGAUCAAUGUCUCGUCCUCGAUGGGCUCCCUUACAUGGGCGCCAAAGUACAAGAUGGCCCCCACGCAGGCCUACAAAGUUUCAAAGGCCGCACUCCACAUGCUCAAUGCACAGUACGCCCUAGACCACGCAGACGCGGGGUUCACGUUCCUCUGCGUAUCCCCUGGCUGGCUGAAGACUGAAUUGGGAGGCGAGCACGCCGAAUUUCCUGUCGAGGUUGGUGUUGCUGAGCUGAAGAGGAUCAUUCUCGAAUCAACGCCAGCUCAAAACGGGAAAUUGGUCAACAUCCAUGUUCCUGGCCAAGAGGACAGUUGGGGCCAUUACGACGGUGGAGAGAUCCCUUGGUAGAGUGGAACUGGCUCUUACUCCCUCCACGAGACUGCGAUAAGUGCUCAGCCUCCGGCCGGGUUGCAUGUGGAUACUCUUCGAUAGCGCACUAUGAAUGAUACGGAGUUUUGCUCCGCAAUCGACU